GCUGUUCCACUUCUACAAAUGUUGCAAUGUGUACUUUUUGUUCAAGACAGUUUAACAAGGAAGUGACAGCAUAGUGAAGUGUGAAUGAGAUCUGCAAGUUCUUAUUAUUGAAGUUUCUCAGAGCAGUCUGAAGAAGUUCACAUGAGGAUAAGAUCUGUGGAACACAAAUUAAAAAUGCAUCUCAUCUCAAGCUGUAUAAUCCUCUUUAUGAUGAUAUUAAAUAUUUUAUGUCAAGGUACAGAAAUCAAGGACUGGAACAUCAGCUUUACUCCAGCAGAAGUGACUGCAGUGCCAGGAGUAUGUGUUGUCAUUUCAUCUACCUUCAGUUAUCCAAACACAGCAAAGCCUAAGAACCUGCAGUUGUAUCAGUGUAAAGACGGAAAUCAAUGCAAUGGAGUAACAGAGAAAACAAAAGUUAUAAAGUGUGAUCUAGACAAAAACAAAUGUAACAUCAUUAUAAACAAUAUCAGUGCAGAAGAUGAAGGAGAAUAUGCGUUCAGAGUGGAGGGAGAUCAGUCAUACACAUACAGACCCAGAUUUAAAAUCACCAUUCAAGAUAAGCCUGUAAUAAACAUUCCUCCUCUCAGAGAAGGACAGGAGGCAAAUCUGAGCUGUUCAGCUCCUGCUCCAUGCCCUAAAACUCCUCCUGAUAUCACAUGGUGGAUCAAGCAAAAUGAAAAAAGCAUCAAAUUGAAAAAGAUCACAUUUACAACCUCUGAAGGCUUUUACGUCGCAACUUUGACCAUCAUGCCAACCGCUGACUUACACAAUGCAACUAUUGAAUGUAAAGCGACAUAUGGAAACACAAUCAUCAGUACCAGUAUGACCAUAGAAGUGAAAUCCCUUACAUGA